GGGAGCAGCCCGUAUUUCUCUCAAUAAUAUAAUUUCCAAAUGCGCGUUACGAAGGACAAAAAAUUAAUAAAUAAACCGUCCCUUAGUCACGCAAUUUGUGAAAUAUUGUGUUAGAAAAACCGUUUAAAAUGCCGAGAGGUGGUGGUAGAGCUCCUAAAAAAAACUAUAAAGGCAGAAGUCGUCAUUUCACAGAUGAAGAGACUUUGAAAGAGCAGCUUGAUAAAGAACGAAGGGAAAAACAAUGGAGGAAACAACGAGGUGAUGAUGAUGAUGAGGAGGAGAAGAAGGAAGGUGCUGAAGGCGGUAUUGCUGAGGGGAGCGAAUCAGAAUCUGAUAGUGGCUCUGAUUCUGACUCUGAUAGGCAUAAAGGUGUAUCACAUUUAAUAGCAAUAGAGAAUCCAAAUAGGGCUGUGAAGAAAAAUAAGAAAAUAGAUGCUCUAGAUACUGCACCCAGUGCUGGACCUCAACUCAGUAGGAGAGAAAGAGAGGAACUGGAGAAACAACAGGCCAAGGAGCGGUAUCAAAAGAUGCACAUGGAAGGGAAGACUGAGGAGGCUCGUAGUGAUAUGGCGAGACUAGCUAUUAUACGUAAGCAAAGAGAAGAGGCAGCAAAGAAACGAGAGGAAGAAAGACUAGCUAAAGAAGCAGCGAGCAAGAAAUCUUGAUGUCAUUUUAAUCAUUACUAGUGACUGCAUGACUGUACUUACUGGAUGUGGAUUCUUUACUCAUGAAAAUAUGUGCGCCUCAUAUCUACAUACAUAAUAAAUACAUAAUAUGUAGUCUGUCAUUGUGCCUGUGCAAUUAUGGAACAGUUAUGUAUUUGUACAGAUGGACUGUUCUCUAUUGUUUCAUGCAGAAUAUUUAUAGUUAUAAACCAUGUUCCAGCUUAUUUUACCUUCGCUGAAAGUCUUUUGUGCUGAAUGUCCUUAGUUCUGUUUAAAUUGCACAAUCAAUGAAACUCCAAUGAACUGGAUCUAAAGUGAACUUUUUUUAUCAUUUACAACUACACUGUUAGGAUCAGAUGAAAUGUAAUUUGAACAUAGUACCGGUAAGUCCUUGUGCUUAUGAAAUGGCCUCUAUUUUACACACCAUUAAAUAACAACUGUAUAAAAAUGUAUGCUAAGGGAUGAACCUAUCAGUUAUAAUAAUGGUGUUUAGGUAUUUUAUUGUUACAUGUGUAUCUGUUGAGUAAAAAAAAAAGUAAUUUCAUGUGAUUUGUUGAGGGUAAAGACAACAUUAUGUGUCUUAUUCAGUUUGAUUAAAUUUCCUGUGUUCAACCAGAAAUUGGCUGUAAGAUGUUUGUUAAUUAUCAGAAUCUAGAAGUUGCUUUCUAUUUUUGUACAGUACCAUGUAUUUAACAUUAUUCUAUUUUUUUACAUAUCAAAGACUUGUGUACAUUUUCAUGCAGAAUACAGGCUUAUCUUGAACUCAGUACUUUCUAUAGAAGUGUAAAAGAUGCAGUUUAGUGUUUUAACAUUCAGCAUAUGUAAACAAAAAUAUUAUCAUGUGAUAGGAAUGUUAUUUAUUUGAUUUAUCAGGAAAUUAAAUUCAACAAAAAUGUAAGUGACUGGUAAUUUUGAGAAUUUUAAACAUAAUUUUGUAGCCAUGUCUAAGCCUGAUUUAGCCAGCCUUUGAAAAAUGAAAGUGGACAGAAGUUCUUUGAAGAUAUACAGCACCUUUCAUGAUAUGAGCCGUGCCAUGAGAAAACCAACAUAGUGGGUAUGCGACCAGCAAGGAUCCAGACCAGCCUGCGCAUCUGCGCAGUCUGGUCAGGAUCCAUGCUGUUCGCUUUCAAAGCCUACUGGAAUUAGAGAAACUGUUAGCGAACAGCAUGGAUCCUGACCAGACUGCGCGGAUGCACAGGCUGGUCUGGAUCCAUGCUGGUCGCAUACCCACUAUGUUGGUUUUCCCAUGGCAUGGCUCAUAUAUUCUGUUUUGUAUUGUAUUGCUUCAGGGAUUCAGUCUCACUGCAUACUUCUUCAACAGUUAAAAUAAAUGAUAUGAAGAUGUGUAAAAUAGCAUAAUUUUCAUGUAAUUGUUUUACAUUUCUGUUUCAUUCUUUUCAAUGCAAUUUAAUGAAUUAUUGUUUUCAUAUUUUUUUUACAUUGUUGCAGGUGUUAGAUAUGUUGAGUUCACUUACAGUUUUUAAUAACUUAUAUAGAACAUGAAUGUGCUAUUUGUAUUUGAGCCGCGCCAUGAGAAAACCAACCUAGUGCAUUUGCAAACAGCAUGGAUCCAGACCAGCCUGUGCAUCUGUGCAGUCUGGUCUGGAUCCAUGCUGUUUGCUAUCCAAGCCUAUUCCAAUUAGAGAACCUGUUAGCGAACAGCAUGGAUCCUGACCAGACUGCAGAUGCGCAGGCUGGUCAGGAUCCAUGCUGGUCACAAAUGCACUAUGUUGGUUUUCUCAUAGCGUGGCUCAUUUAUUGAAGCAUCACCUUGCAUUAAUAUUUGGAAGAUUUCACCGCUUCAAACAAGCAGGCUUUACUUAUACAGUUCAACUGUUACAGAACAACACUUGAUUUCAGAAGAAUAUGUAUGAAAUAAAAUUGAAAGUUCUUAUCAACAAUAAACUUAAAUAAAUAUG